CGCCGGCCGAUCCCAGAAUAACGCAGUGAUAUAAUCACGGCAAAGUUUCUUUCCAUAAUCAUGGCCGCCGUCGGCUGCCUUGUCUUCCUUUCACUCCUAUCAUUCUCUUCCAUUUCUCUUGCAUUCACCGAUGCCGACGCAGAAAACAUUGCUCGCCGCCAGCUCCUCCAUUUUGCGGCGGAGGUUGAUUUUUCCGGCGAAGGGUUCGAGCAUAAACUCGACCUGAAGCUUGAGUUUGCGAAUGACAGGCAGAAGAAAGCUUAUGUAGCUCUCCAGGCAUGGAAAGACGCCAUAUAUUCCGACCCAAAAGGGAUCACCAAGAAUUGGGUCGGCCCAAACGUUUGCUCCUAUAACGGCGUCUUCUGCGACCACGCUCUCGACGACCCAACGCAGUGGGUGGUCGCCGGAAUUGACAUCAACCACAGCGAUAUCGCCGGCCACCUCCCAACGGAGAUCGGGCUGUUGACGGACCUCGCCUUGAUCCACAUGAACUCUAACAGGAUUUGCGGUAUCGUCCCAAAGACCAUCUCCAAUCUGAAACUUCUGUUCGAGAUCGAUUUCAGCAACAACUGGCUGGUCGGGCCGUUCCCGGACGUGAUUCUGGAGCUGCCGUCGUUGAAAUACCUUGAUCUCAGGUACAACAAUUUCGAAGGGGCGUUGCCGCCGUCGCUGUUCGACAAAGAUUUGGACGUUAUCUUGUUGAACAACAACAGAUUAGAGUCCAACCUGCCGGAAAACUUCGGCAACUCCACCGCCUCCGUGAUCGUGUUGGCUAACAAUAAAUUCUCCGGGUGCGUCCCGAGCAGCAUUGGCAGAAUGGAACAGAGCGUGGAACAGAUCCUGCUAUUGAACAAUGAAUUCUCCGGUUGUUUGCCGGAGGAAAUCACUUUGCUUAGUAAUAUAACGGUGUUUGAUGUGCAGCGGAAUAAACUGGUCGGAGAAUUGCCGAAGGGGUUGGGGUAUAUGCAGAGUUUGGAAUCGGCUUCAUUUGCGGGGAACAUGUUUUCUGGGCAUGUUCCUGAUGGUCUUUGCAGCUUGCCUAACCUUAAAAACCUGUCGUUUUCCGGGAACUAUUUUGAGAUGGAGGAUGAGUCGUGCCUGCCGCUAAAAGAUGGGGUUGCGGUUGAUGAUAGCGACAACUGCGUUCUUGAACGGCCGGGCCAAAAAUUGCCCCAGAAAUGCUAUGAAUAUUUGAGCAAGCCUGUGGAUUGCAGUAAAACUGGGUGCAGAGCUGCUACUAAAGAGACGCCUAAACCAAAACCACCGGUUUCUUCUCCUCCACCACCACCACCGCCCGUUGCCUCUCCACCACCACCUCCACCGGUCUUUUCUCCACCCCCACCCCCACCGGUCUACUCUCCACCCCCACCCCCACCGGUCUACUCUCCACCGCCGCCACCUCCAGUCUACUCACCACCCCCACCAGUCUACUCUCCACCGCCGCCACCUCCAGUCUACUCUCCACCGCCGCCACCUCCAGUCUACUCUCCACCGCCGCCACCUCCACCAGUCUACUCACCACCCCCACCUCCACCUGUCCACUCUCCUCCUCCCGUGCAAUCACCACCACCGCCGGCACCCGCAAAGUCUCCACCGCCACCUGUCUUCGCUGACGUAAAACUGCCUCCAAACUUGGGCGCUGUGUAUGCAUCACCGCCACCACCGAUAUUCCAGGGUUAUUAAAGGCUUCAACAUCGACAUCUUAUCUCUAUACUGUAAUAUCAUUCAUAGUCGUUCCAAAGCAACAUACAAGCCUGUCUGCAAAAAUGUAGUGAAUGUUUAGUAUUCUGCCGCAUAUAUAUGGAGAGAUUUUACCUCAUUCUAA